UUCCUGCCCUACCUCAGUCAGUCGUCAGGUCAUCGCUUGGCAGCACCAUGGGUCAUCUUCGAGGCAUCGCUGGCGUUCUGCUGCUGCUUUGCUGCGUCAGGCAGCUGGAGGCGGCCGACCCCGUCCCGGCGCCUAAACGUGGCAAGUGCUCGCCGGCCUGUCCAAAGGGCCAGCACUGCGAGCUGCAGCGCCUGUGCCACUUCGGCAUCUGCGCUGGCUACCAAAAUGUGUGCGUCAAGUCGCCAGCUGCCGUUGUGGAGCGUCCCCCCAGCUGUCAGGACGUGCGCUGCAGCAGCGUGCAGACCUGCGUGCUGAUGCAGGUGGUCUGCGUGCGCGCGCCCUGCUACCCCGUGCCGGUCUGUGUGGCGGACGGGUGCGCCAUAGCCCGCUGCCUGCCUGGCCGGGUCUGCAUCAUGGCCGUCAUACCCGGCUCCGAUCCAGCCUGCUCCAACUUCCCCGACUGCCGCUACAGGUUCAGCUGCCAGCCUCGGGCCAAGCCCAAGCCCGGCUUCUGUCCGUCGCCGAAGCAGGUUUCCCAGGGCAAAGGCAACGGCUGCAAGUACGACAACGACUGUGUAUCCAAUCUCCUCUGCUGUCCGAGCGUGUCCAAAGAAGGACGCCACUGUACCGCCCCCGCCUUCCCCGACCCGUGCGCCGGCAAGAAUUGUCCAUCGAAUGCUCCCACGUGCGCGUUAGGACGCAAUAGCGGCGCGGCCGUAUGUAUGGACCGCGCUUGUACGCCGGACAAGUUCUUCUGUGAGAAUGGCAAGCAGUGCUACUGUUCGGACCACGGCAGAAUCGUAUGUACCAAUGUCCCCGCCACUUCGAAAUGCCCAUCUGGCUAGUUUUGUGUGACACUUGUGGGAAAGUUAUGGCAAUCUUUGGGAAAUGCUUACAAGUUGUCAUUAAAUUUUUAAGCUGCCGCGUAAGUCUUCCAAAAUAUGUUGAAGGGCUCAUCGCUGCAUGUAGCGUGUUUUGGCCAUUUCAGUAUGGGCAUUGCGCUGUAUAUUCACUGACUGCUUCAGAAGUUGACUGCGAGCAUUGAAGACCGGAAAGGUGAUUAGAACAAUAGCAAACAAUAUAUUUGAAACGCUGCUUGGUCUUAGAUCCGAAAAUAUAUUAGCAUACAACAUCCUCUCUGGUUGCCUCGCAACAGGACAAACUCAAAAUGAGCAAAGUAUCUUAUUAUUGCUAGGGUAUGCAUAACUGAUAAAAUCUUAGUAGCCAAAACGGUUUUAUUUAGAGCAAGACUGAGGAGAAUGCUGCGGAUGACCUCCUCUUCCUCAAACUGUUGGGUGACGCAUACAAUGUAUUCAGCAGAUGGUCUCUCCGACGCGCAUAUUCGCACGUUUCCUUCGAACUAUCAGCACAUAUUUACAGUCUGCCUCCAGGGAGCCC